CAAUCUUUUAGCGGAAACGCGCCCAGAACCUGUUGGUUAACGUCGAAGCAGGGUUGAUUUGUCUGUUGAAAGGUAAGCUUUCGUACAGUCUCAGUAGUUUGUUUAUGUACAACUUGAAGUUGGUAACGAAAUGUAUAUUAUGUUACAACUAUGUUGCCACUCCAAUGGGUUUCUGAUCGAUUCUGCGUACAAUAAGUGGAACGUAGUUUACACACUUUUGGGUUCGAUAGUUGACUGGUUUCGCAGAGAUUAAGUUUGUAGGACCAUUCUGAAUUUCUUUCGUUAUAUGUUCUUCGUAUGUUCUCUUGUAUGAAUUGGCAAGUCGAGGUUUUCUUUCUUGCGAUUGUAAGCCUUCUGAACACAUUUAAAGGCCCGUUUAAACGGUUUCAACAUUUGCUUCAACUUGCAUUCAACACUCUGUUGAACCAAAUGUUCGGUGCGUUUGAACAGGUCGUCCAGUAUUGCUGAAAACGUAAAAAAUGUUGAAAGCUUGUUGAAAGCGUGUUGAAUCAAGUUUGAAUCGGUUUAAACUUUCAUUCAACAUCGAUGCAACUUUUCCUUUGUUCUCGAAAAUGUUGAAUGGCCCGUUUAAACGGUUUCAACAUUUACCCAACGUCCGUUCAACUUUUGUUGAACGAGUGUUUGUCAAAUGUUGAAACCGUUUAAAUGGGCCUUAACGAAUGAUCAUGUCUCUAGUCACCUAUACCUACGACAGGUUCUUAGCAAUGAGUAGUGAUGUCUUGUUUAAGUUCAGACCCGUUCCGAACAGAAAAGUCUUAUUUUCAACAGUGUGUCGCUACCUCUAUUGAUUAUAAAAAUUUUUCCGUUCACGUAGCGUUAGGAACGACGGAAUUCCACUGCAUGUGUGCGAGGUCGGGUUUCCGGAAGGCGUCGCUUUUUCCGCAGACGUUGAAUGCACGCACGUUCACCACAUAAAAAAGUUUUUACUUUGAAUACUUAAAUUAGAUUUAGAUUACGAUGAAAUUGAGGGAUUUUCUCCUGAACAACCAAAUUGUCUUACGGUAAAUUUUUCCGGAAGGUACUCCAUUGCCCCGUAGGAAAGGUUUCAAGGUAUGAUUUUGACAAGUAUCUGUGAGACUUGUUCCGAAUGAGACUAAGAGACAGUUAAAUUUCAUCAGAUCAAGGUCCUCUUUCUGUACUUUGUUCCAGCAUCCUGCCUUAAAAAUUGUUUACAAUGUUAUUUUUUUUUUGGCAUUGAGAAAAAUCUAAAUGGUAUACUUUAAAAAUUUUACAGGAGUUUCAUGUAGCCUGUUGUCAUGGCAGUGAGUUACACUCGGAACAAUUUGUCUAAUUCCAGUCUCACCAGCAUAGAGGCUCGUGAUUUGGAUGAGCGUAAAAGAUGGCAGAAGAAGACAAUCAAAGCAAGAAUCCUAAUUGGAGUUUUAACUGUUAUCUGCAGUAUACUUAUCGUGAUAUUAAUUGUAACCUAUGAGAGUGGUCAUAAAAAUACAGAAUGCACAGAAAAGCAGAAUGGAAAAGCUGUCAAUAACAACAUUAUUAAGUUUGUCCACAUUUCGGAUAUACAUUAUGAUCCUUUUUAUGACAAGAAUACACCCCAAAGAUCUUUUUGCCGCCCACAACUUGCAAAUAGUACAUCGAAUUACACAGCACAAUAUGGAAGGAUUGGCUGUGAUUCACCAAUUGAUCUUGUGGAAAAUUCCUUGGAUGCCAUGCAGAAUGUAAGCAAGAUAGAGAAUGUUAGCUUCAUUUUGUUGACAGGUGGGUAACAAUGUUAAAAAGAAAAAGAUAAAGAUAAAAGAUAAGAAAUAAAGAUUUGAUUGAGUCUUAAUUUUAUAUAUGUCACCAAGAGAAUGAGACUAUCAUUGAUAUCCUCCAAAUAUUCCAAUCAAAAAAUGCGUUUUCUUUACUUUUUUGUUUCUGUGAGAUUAUGCCAGGAUAUUUCUAUUAAACAUAAAAAUUAUCAAGAUGUUAGAGAAAACUUGUUCCAAUUAUUUUUUGCAGUUUUCUCUUUGGGAUGAGAUAAUUCUUUUGGCAAUUUCCCAGUCCCAGUCUCCCUUUAAUCCUCUAUAUUUCUACCCUCUGUGUGCAUAAUGGUGCACCCUGUAAUGCAAUGAAACUUUGAAGUAUAUCUAGUCUUAGCUAUUUAAGUCAUUAGUUAAAAAUAGUGGAUUAAUCAAACAAGUCUGGCUCCUUAUCUUGUUUAUUCAGGUGACUUGUCAGGUCAUGGCAUGUGGACAUCUUAUGCUGGUCCACAUAAAGUUUUGGACAACAUUGCUGAAGUUAGUAACAAGGCACAUUCAAGAUUUCCAGAUAUUCCCAUCUUCCCAGUGGUUGGGAAUAAUGAUCUGCCAGGACAUUAUGUUUUACCAAACUCCAGUGACUGGUAUAAAGAGCUUUUGACUUCUUGGGCUCCAUUGAUUUUGUGCUCCUCAUGCCCCAAUGAUAUGACAAAGCCAACUACAAGGACUGUUUUAGAAGAGAGUUUUUUAAAGGGAGGAUACUACAAUGCCAGCAUUGCAGGUGAUUUUUUACCUUUUUUUUGUCAAGUGUUAUUCACCACUCACCUCUGACCUUUAGCCCCCUAGCCUCAUGAUCCCCCUCUCCCCUCCCCCCUGACCACUUCAACCUUAUUAUAGACAAGCUGAUAAUGUCUGGGGUAGGAGAUACUUUCUGUAAUAGACCUAUGAGGAGGUGCUCUGUUGUUGGUCAGAUUCCAUGGAGUAGUGUUAGUAAAACUAGUUUAAUCAGUGUCCAUGAAAGUGUCUAUUUGUUGAUCCAUAAUGUUACUUUAAGAGUAAAAGUCUCUUAGAUCCUAGCCGAGAAAGAAAAAAAAAGAAAAACAGACAUAAGGGUGGAGCCAUCAACCCUGGAACAAGGCAUAACAAUUUGAAAAAAAAAUUGUCCUAAGUAUUCCCAACCCUUCCUCUGAAGGUGGUACUUAAAGAAGUGGACACCUAGGAAUUUGACCUCCCUUUAAUUUCAAAUAUGUUAUCAAAAUCUUAGUAGAACUAGCUGUUCACAAUCUUAUAUAUAGAGUAGGUGCUAAAUGAGAUAUAAUUUUUAGCCCUCAUUUGCUUCUUUUAAGGUGGCAAGAUUGUGUUAUUAGUCUUAAACAGCCUUUACUGGUCUGUAGAAGUGAAUCACAAUCCAGAAAUCCUUCAAAAGGCUGUCGAGCAGUUAACAUGGCUGGAAACCCAGUUAGAAAUUGCGGCAAUGAGAGGAAAAAAGGUGAUACUGGUAUCUCACAUUCCUGCAGGGUAUGUUGAGUAUUGUACCAGAGCUUUAACUUGUGUUUUUGAGAUUGUAAGAUGUUGUUUUAUGGUAUUCAAUUAUUUAAAGUGGUAGGUAAAUUAUAGAAAAUGAGUAUUUCCCCUGCUUUGUGGGAGCAUUUUUUUUUAACUUCAUUGCUAGGUUGCUUCCCCUCCGCCCUCCCCCUUGGGAGGGAAGUGAGAGGCAAAGGGGGAGACCCAACUCUAGAUCUGCUACUUACAGGUAAUCAAAUCCUAAAAGUAUUCAGUAAAGUCGCCAAUCCCAGCUUUUCUUUUAGCAAUCCCAGCUUUUCUUUUAGCAAUCCCAGCUUUUCUUUUAGCAAUCCCUCCGGGGGUUCCUGUGGUUUUUCCCGGCAGACACGAUGCAAUAAUCAUUGAAAUUCGCUUUCAAAGGUUGUGCCGCGCUGUAAAAGGCUACGACGCGUUUUCUUUCAUAACGUCAAGCUCUGUUAUGCCUCCCUGUGUAACAUUUAUGUAGUCUUAACUAUAAGAUUCUUGUCAAAUAUGUUUUUGUGUCUAUUUUUGUUAGAAUUGAUACUUACGACGGAAAAUCCUACUGGUUCAGUAACUACACAAAUACAUAUGUGAGCCUUGUGGCCAAAAAGUACAGUUAUUUAGUGACUGGUAAGUGUUUUAUUUCAAGUUUUUAAAUUCUUCUCAAAACCAGCCCCAUUCUGUUUGUUUUACUUGAUAACGAAUGAUCAUACCCCUAUCACUAUCCCUCUUUUUGAUUUUCUCUUGUCCCUAUAUUGUUUGUAUACCCUGGCAAACUGUUAUUUCGAGGCAAUUUCUCUUCUCGAUGCAACUCUUUUAAGCUAACGUAAGGUUAAUCAAAUGGAAUUGAGAUGUGAUUAUUUGCCCUGCCGAACGCGGUGGUUGAAUUGUCAGCGCACUGACCUCCAGGUCGAGAGGGCGGGGUCAUGGCGCUUUUUCGAUGUCCUUAGAUGGGGCAAUUUACUCUCAUUGUCCUCCCUUUACACAGUUAUAGAAAUUAAUGCCCUUACGAUUUGAUAUUUUUUAGCCUUCCUGAGGCAAUAAACAUGAUUACCUAUUCUUUUUUUAGCCCAGUUCUUUGCUCAUACACACAAAGACGAUUUCCGUCUUCAGCUGUCUAUGACAGAAACCGGUGACACUCAGCAAGAAGUACCGAAGUCGUUUGUGCUUCUUGCACCCGCUAUAUCUCCUGUCUACCAUAACAACCCAGCAUUUAGAGUAGUGUCGCUAGAAACAGACCAACUUGUCCUGCUGGAUUACACACAGUACUACAUGGACUUAGUCAUGGCUACAGGUGAGGAAUACCAAUGCAGCCUUUUUCCCGGUUGGGGGGAGUAGAGAGUUUGCAUUUAAGAGCCACAGUAGUAUUUUAAUCGCUCAAAAUUUUCGAAGAAUAUAAACAAAAAUAUGAACUUCUAUGAAAGGAAAAAUAUCUCACUCUGUUAAAUACGGAGAUUUUAAAGAAGUAUCAAGCUGCCCACGCUAUACAACAAACGUCUACAGGUAUUGCAGUGCUUGUGUAGAAAGUCAAGAACAGUUAAUAACUAGUCAGCAUUUCUGCCCUUGUGGAUUGUAAAAAUUUCACACUCGCUUUGGAACGGUGAUUUUGGAGUACCACGUUUUAAUAAUACACACUAUGGCUACCAUACCAUCCGAUUUGUAGUGCUGUUCUUAAGGUCAAAACUUACUAAAGAUCAAAGAGAUUCACCUCCUUCAGCUGAUUUUUUUAAAGAAAAUUAGAAAAAUAAACCUAUCAAACUAUUUUACUAAUGAAGUACUACUACUUUUGAAGGAUGUACAGUUACAUGUAAUUUUUAACUGGUUUUAUUUCAGAAUUCUCAAAUCCGAUUUGGCAACUGGACUACACUUUUAGUCAGAAGUACCCAUCAGAAAAUAAGUUUCUCGACGCCAACAGAAUCUUUGAACUGAAUGAAGAACUUAUAAACCAAACUAGUAAUAAGUUCUGGAAGGGAUACGUAUUCUCGCGCGAGACAAACUACCAGCCGGAGCCGUAUUCAAGAUUUCAACUUUUCUGUGGAAUGCGCCAUGUUUACAAAGAGGAUUUCAACAGAUGUAGUGAACAGUAUAAUGUCCCUGGUGGCUAGGGAAAUUUAAUGAUGUUAAAAAUGUUAGGGCAUUUUUAAGAUAAUUUAUAAUUCCAUUGAUUUUUCUUUACUUCCCUCUGAAAUUGGUAAAGAAAACUAGCGCCAUCCUCUCAACCAAUCAGAUGCAAAAUUAAUCGCGACUCGGCCAAUUGCAUCUUCCCGCGCUCCGGAAAUUGGCUUGAUUUUACAUCGAGUUCUCAUUGGCUCACUCUCAUUUUCGCGCGCUCUGUGAAGUUUGCUUUUUUCUUUUUUUUAACUCGCUAAGCGCUCAUUGUGGCAUUCCCCCUUGCCCUGAUUGGCCUUUGUGAUUAUUUUGUCCUUAUUCUAGAUGCCCUCAGAUGUUCAUCAAUCCCAGCUUCUUUUUAUAUUUUCGCUCGAGAGGGAGAUAGGGUAAGGCUUCAAGAUCAUGAGUACUUGUUUUUGGAAAUGUUUCUUACUAAUAUGAGUAAAAAGACCGCCAUGGAAGGAAGUGACUGUAGUGCUUUUUUUGACUGGAGCUGAUCUCAAUUCGCAAAGAGAGCACACACUGUUUUUCUUCCAGAACAAAGUUGAGAUUUUUUAGUCGUAAAUUCCGGGAAACUUCGAAAGACGGAUUUCUCUAGUUUACUACUCAGUGUUUGAAUUAUAAAAAAAGAUACCGUUACGAAAUGAAAUUAAACCAACUUUGCAAAUAAAAUGUACAUAUUCAAAUACUAACUUUCUAAGUAGAAUUGUGAGAUGAAACUUUCCCUUUUAAAUUG